AUGGAUGAGAAGGUACCGAAUCCAGAAAUUGGUAUGGAGUUUAAAACAGAAAAAGAUGCAUAUGAUUUCUACAAUAGUUUCGGAAGGAAAGUUGGUUUCAGUAUUCGAAAGCAUAGUGUAAAAAAAGACAAAAAGACGGGUGUAUUGAAAAUGAGAGAUUUUGUUUGUUCCAAAGAAGGCAAACGUUCAUUUGAUAAACGUGAUGUUAAUGUGAAGCAUCAUCGGGAUGAAACAAGAACAGGUUGUGAGGCACAUAUGAAAAUUAGAUUGGGAGUUGACGGAAAAUAUCGUGUUACUGAUAUUAAGAUUGAUCAUAAUCAUAUUCUUGCAUCUCCUGAAGAAGCUCAUUUGUUGAGAUCACAACGGAAAUUUACUCAAGAAGUAGUUGCCGAUAAUUGUGAUAAUGCAGGUAUAAAGCCAAAAGCGACAUAUGAUUUCAUGACUAAACAAGCCGGUGGUCGACAGAAUGUUGGAUAUAAUUUGGUAGAUUACAAGAAUUAUUUACGGACGAAAAGGGUGAAAGCAAUGAAGAAAUUUGAUGACGAAGGUCUUUUGAUAUUUUUUAAAAGAAAGCAAGCUGAAGAUCCAAUGUUCUUUUAUUGUAUUCAAUUUGAUGUUCAAGAUUGUAUCACCAACAUUUUUUGGGCAGAUGGAAGAAUGAUUUUAGAUUAUGAACGUUUUGGAGAUGUGAUUUGCUUUGACACAACCUAUAAAACAAAUGAGUAUGGACGGCCAUUUGCACCAUUUAUUGGUGUUAAUCAUCAUAGACAGACAGUUAUAUUUGGGGCUGCACUCCUCUACGAUGAAACAAUCGAUUCUUUCAGAUGGUUGUUUAGAACAUUCUGUGAUGCAAUGUGUAGAAAAGAACCCCAAACCAUUCUCACAGAUCAGGAUAAGGCUAUGUCAAAUGCCAUCAAGAUAGAGUUACUUGGAACGGUUCAUCGUAUUUGUGUAUGGCAUAUGUUUCAGAAUGCUUGCAAACAUCUAAGUCAUCUAUUUUGUUCUUCCAAGUCGUUUGGCAAUGAUUUUAGUAGAUGUGUAUAUGAUUUUGAUGAGGAGCAUGAAUUUCUUGAAGCGUGGGAAAGAAUGAUCAUGAAAUAUAAUCUCACAGAUAAUAUAUGGUUACAACAGUUAUUCAAUGAAAAGGAGAAGUGGGCAUUAGUAUAUGGAAAGAAUAGUUUUUGUGCAGAUAUGAAGAGCACGCAGCGUUGUGAAAGUUUAAAUAAGGAUUUGAAGAAAUACUUGCAUCCUGGUCAAAAUAUAAUCAGAUUUUUUGAACAUUUCGAACGCUUGGUGGAUGAUAGACGAAAUGCAGAAUUAGAAGCCAAUUUCAAAAUGACUCAAAGUUCACCAAUUAUAACUUUUCCUGUUAGCAUCCUAAAGCACGCAGCUAGUGUAUAUACACCAACUAUUUUUAAAUUAUUUCAAGCAGAAUUUGGUGAUAGCCUUGAUCAAAUAGUGGAACAAGUAGAUGAGUCUGGUAGAGUCAGAAAAUAUCAAGUUUUGAAUAGAAGAAAUCAAAGUCUUCACAUUGUUACCGUUGACUCAAUGGACGAGUCCAUCACUUGCAGCUGUAGAAAGUUCGAAUUCAUGGGUAUUUUGUGUUCCCAUGCAUUAAAAGCUACGAAUCAUACCCUCACAAAUAUCCCGACAAGUACAUCUUGA